CCUCGAAACGCUCAGUUUGCAGAGUGCAGCCGGCGGCCACCCGUUCACAGCUUUAAAAGGAAGCUAACAUACUGUGAAACUACCAGUAAGAUGGAAACUGAAGUGACACCAGGGCCGAAAUCCAACGGUGUGACCAAUGGAGGUGCCCGAAUUGUCUUGGAUGACGAUGAUGAAGUUCUCAGUCCAACUGACCUGUCCGAGAUGUUAGCGGAAGGGACCAAGGAGUCCCAUGACAGAGCAGAGAACUGCCAGUUUGUGAAGGAUUUCCUCAGAGGGCGUAUCAAACGAGAGCUGUUCAAGAGGGGCACCAUGGCUCUGUACUAUGUCUACUCGGCCAUGGAGGAAGAAAUUGAGAAGAACAAAGACCACCCCCAGUUCGCUCCAAUCUAUUUCCCCACAGAGCUGCACCGGCGUGAGGCCCUGGCCCGGGACCUGGAGUACUUCUAUGGAGACGACUGGCAGGAGCAGAUCAGCCUCUCCCCAGGCACCAAGCCUUAUGUGGACCGCAUCCAUGAGGUGGGAGAGAAGGACCCAGUGCUGCUGGUGGCCCACUCCUAUACCCGCUACAUGGGUGAUCUCUCGGGGGGACAGAUCCUGAAGAAGGUGGCCCAGCGAGCACUCAAGCUCCCUGCGACAGGCGAGGGUCUGAACUUCUACCAAUUUGAGGGCAUCCACAGUCACAAAGGAUUCAAGCAGCUUUAUCGGAGCAGGAUGAAUGAGCUGGAACUGGACGCUGAGACGAAGGAGAAACUUGUGGCAGAGUCCAACUUGGCAUUUGGAUUCAACAUGAUGGUAUUCACAGAGCUUGAAGAGAUUGGAAAGACCAUUAAAGAGGAAGUCCAGGAUGCAGGCUUGGGACACAGUCAUGCUGAGAUCAUGCAGGGAGGGGACAUCAACAAGUGCCCCUACUAUGCAGCAAAAAUGGCUGCCGGUGGAAAUCCCACCUAUGCUUGCCAGUUAGCCAUGAUGCUGCUCAAACACCCCACCUGCCAGGUGGUGCUGGCCACUUGGGUGGCGGUCCUCGCUGGAUUUGCCGCCUGGUACCUCAUGUGAUCUCAAUCAGUAACGACUGAGCAAAGAUUGGAGGACACAGUGGAAGAUGGAUUGGAGUUUGUUUUUUGAGGAUGUGCAAUACCUCGGCAACCAAAUCUGUCAUCCCCACCAACCUCGCUCCUCUUCUGUAUGCGUCUGCUACAUAGCUGUAAAUCUUUGGUGGCAUAUAUUUUAAUUAUGGAAGGACUGUUUCAUUCAUGGUUUCACUUCUGUGUGAUGAGAGUGACCCAAAGUACGCCUGGUGUCUGUACACGCUGAAGCACAUGGAAAGAGGAAUUGGAGGAUUUGGGUCUGUGGUGCUUUUCAGGAAUGUUGUAUUUAAUGAUUGUGGAGAACUGUGCUACGGUUAUAAAGUAAUGUGCAAUUAUACCCAUGAUGGCUCAGGAUUUUAUCAACAAUAUGACAUUGAUGAUAAUACAUUUCACACACAUGUCGUUACUUAUCCUGGUAAUGAAUGAAUACCAAACCAGGUGAUCCUUAAUUGCCAUCAUCAGUCUCUGGAACAGAGAGAAAACUGAAUCAUAGCAAAGCCAGAUUUCACAUUCAUCAUCUUCUCAGUUGAUGCAGGAACAUACUGAGCUUAAAGAUCAAAUAUGGCAGAAAUUAUGGCCUUCUCUAGGUCAUGUGAUACAGGGUUACUCUGAUAAUUCACAGGGGCUGUCACUGAAUUGUAUCAAAUGCAUAACCUCUUAACCCUAAUGUCUUUUUAACCAGAGCUUUGUGUAGCCUUCAUUGUCAGUUGAAUUGUAGUUGAACCAUAAAAUAAUUAUGCCUCCACUCUUUAUAUUUCAAUAUAGCACCAACGUGCUAUAUUGAAGUUUCAGCCAAAUACCGCUGGCAGCAUCAAGCACCCAGAUUCACAGUGAAGAACGUCCUCAAAGUCAUUAUGGCCUUGAUACAACAGUUACCAAUACACAAGUGCUGACUGAAAGUAAUAUUACAGAUAAUAGCAAUAGUAUAAAGUACAUUCUUGAAUGUAAUGCCAAGAGAAAGCAACUCACAACACAAUAGCUCAAAGUAUGAUAGACCCUUCAUGAUUACACCACAAAGUUCCCAAGGUUGAUGAUCUGAUUUUGUGGCACAAAUUUACAUAUUCAUUUUUUACAAUUUUCUUUAGGCCUGAAAGCAAAAAGUUAGAGCAUUCAAAUGAAACUGGAGAUAAAGCUACAAAUAACUGUGCAUUUAAAUUCUGUGGAGCAUACGGUGUUUUUUUUUUUUUUUUUUUUUUUUUUUUGCUGAGACAGUUGAUUUGAUGAUGGCCACGUCAUGUUCUGUAUGCCUUACUCAGCAGUGAUAUGCAUAUAAACAUUGUAACGUGUCACAAUAUUUCAUUAAUAUUCUACAAAGUUUUGGCUGGUACAAUUGUAACUCUUCUGUCAGCUGAGCGUUUUCAGCACACCAAUCAAAUACAUGCUGAUUGUGUUGUGUUGCAGUGCUGCCUAAUAAUUCAUCAGUGUGUCGAGUCUGAUACUUUUUCUUUGUGUUUGGUGAUUGAAGUUACUCUGAUAAUAAA